GGGAAGCUUAGAAAUGUUGAAGAUAGCUCCGAUUCCAGACGCGGCUUACGAGAUGUGCACGAUCUUCGCUCCAGAUUGUAGAAAUCAAUCGAGGUACAGGUCACGGUUGAGCGGUUAUCAAAAUCAGCUGCGAAAUUACAGUCCUGUAACGCGUACAACCUCGUCCACGUAUUACGACACUUCGACAAUUGGUAUUACUCAACCGUACCAACAUUCCAGAUUUUCUGGUGCAGAGGCCUCAUUGAAUAGAUCGCUUUAUCAAACAAGUUACAAUAACAUAAAUUACUCUAGAAACUACGAUAGAAUAUCUUCUAGAGUGCCUGGAUUUACUGUGCCCUAUACCGAACAAACAAAUGAUUUGAGGAGGGUGACGGAAGAUUACGAAGAGGAAAGUGAAGAAGAAAAUGUGGACACAUCGGUGGAGGAUAAUGAACGAUACAAUUUAACUUAUGGAUUAGUGAAUACGACAUCCAGACCAAUUUUGCAAGUCGCGACCAACAUUUACACCGUAGAGUAUCAAACAACGACGCCAGAAACACCUGACAGUUCCGAAAACUUAAUAGGAGCUCAAGAAACCCUUAAACCCACGGAUUCUCCCGAAGAGUCCUAUUAUAACUCUAUGUAUUACAGUAUUCGAGGUCCACCAGGGCCACGAGGAUUUCCGGGUCCUCCAGGUGUACCUGGACCACCGGGGAAGAAGGGAGAACCAGGAAGGGAUGGACUGGGAGGAUUGCAGGGUAUACCUGGUCCACCGGGUAACGUUUUCGUGAUACCAACGUUGAAUCAGCAAGGGAACGAGAAAGGACCAGAUUCUCAGGUGGAAGCUUUGAGGCAAAUGCUUUCGCAGCACAUGAUGGCUAUGAGGGGUGCCGAAGGUCCUAUGGGUAUGACAGGUAUUUCAGGACCUGAGGGACCACCGGGACCUCAAGGUCAGAAAGGAGAACCUGGGGAAGUGGGUGAACCUGGACCUCGUGGCGAAAGAGGAAUUCCUGGUAACACUGGUAGAGAAGGUCGACGAGGACGACCUGGGAGAGAUGGUGAACGAGGUUCAAGCGGGCCACCUGGAAUGAAAGGCGAACAAGGUGUACCUGGAUUACCUGGGCUACCGGGUGAUAAAGGUGAAAGGGGACCUCCAGGUGCAACCGGUGAACCGGGUUUACCGGGUCACGAGGGGAUGCAAGGCGACGAUGGUCCUCCGGGUCUGCCAGGUUUACCUGGUGAAAUGGGACCUAGAGGAUUCAUAGGACCUCGAGGUUUUCCUGGAUUACCAGGAAAUCCUGGUAUCCCUGGAAGCGAAGGUCCACCGGGAGCAAAAGGUAAUACUGGUCCUCCAGGUUCUUCGGGUUCACCAGGUCCACCAGGUCCGGCAGGGCCCGCGGGUCCACCUGGACCCCAAGGAGUUCUGGGUCCAACCGGUUUAGUCGGACCUCAAGGAAAACCUGGUAUUCCUGGUCUCCCAGGAGCAGACGGACCACCUGGCCAUCCGGGGAAUCCUGGCGCUCCUGGAAUGAAAGGAGAGCAAGGACUGCAGGGUCCACAAGGUCCAAUAGGCUUUCCAGGAGUUCGCGGUGUAAAAGGCGAUGAAGGCAAACGUGGAUCGCCUGGUGAACGUGGCGAUAAAGGCGAGAGGGGUGCAGAAGGAGAAAAGGGUGACACUGGAGCCAAGGGAGAACCCGGUUCGUCGGGUCCACAAGGAAUUCCUGGAUUAGAAGGUUUAGAAGGACCGAAGGGUUUCGAAGGACCACGAGGUGAACGUGGCGCUACUGGUCCACCUGGUGAGAAAGGCAAAACUGGUCCUCCAGGUUUCGUUGGAUAUCCUGGAAAUAUUGGAGAGAAAGGUGACAAGGGUCAGCCAGGAAGAGAAGGUUUUGCUGGAGACAAAGGAGAACGGGGAAACAACGGUGCACCAGGGGAACGUGGUGAGCCAGGACCUAGAGGUUUCAGAGGAGCUCGUGGAAGACGUGGUGCCGAAGGAUUGCCUGGACCGAAGGGAGAUACAGGACAACCGGGUCCUCCUGGAUCGCAAGGAGAACCUGGUCCACCAGGAGUGGAAGGCCCACGUGGAUUCGUGGGACCUCCAGGUCAAGCAGGUCUCGAUGGGAAAGAUGGAAUUACUGGUCCACCCGGAGAACGCGGACCAGCCGGUGAUUCAGGACCUCAAGGACCACCGGGUGCUCCCGGCGUUAUUGGACCACAAGGUCCAGCUGGCGAACCCGGUCAACCAGGAGAACCUGGAAACCCAGGAAACCCAGGCAUUCCUGGAGAGACAGGUCCUCCCGGUGAACAGGGGAAAGAAGGACCACCAGGACCGCUUGGUCUACCAGGAAAGGACGGUCCACCUGGUCCGAGUGGCUUGCCAGGAUUUCCUGGUGAACGAGGAUUGAGUGGUUUACCGGGAAUGCCAGGUUCGAAAGGCGAAAUUGGAUUAACUGGUGCGCCUGGUCCGGCCGGUGAUAAAGGUGCGCAGGGAGAGCCUGGAAAGGAUGGAGAGACCGGACCGCAGGGAAGUCAAGGACCGAAAGGACCACCAGGACCACUUGGUUUAAAAGGCGAUAGGGGUGAACCUGGUCUACCAGGUCCUACAGGACGAGAUGGUUUACCAGGACAACGCGGAUUGCCGGGUUCUCCUGGUCCUGUAGGAGUUCCAGGGGAGGACGGCGAUAAAGGAGAUAUUGGUCCACCUGGCGAGAAAGGAUUUAAAGGAUCGCAAGGAGAAAUGGGUCCUCCCGGUCCGCCUGGAUUGCAAGGAAUUCGAGGUGAACCUGGCGCUAUCGGUUUACCCGGCGAAAAAGGACCGCCCGGAGAAAUCGGAAGACAAGGACCAAAAGGAGAAGAUGGUCCCAUUGGUGCAUCGGGUCCUCCCGGUCCUAUAGGGCCGCAAGGACUGCCAGGACCAGCUGGAUUAAAAGGAGAAGUCGGAGAUACCGGUACAGUUGGUCCUAUGGGUCCAGCAGGAUCUCCAGGCGAACAAGGACCGAGAGGACCUAAGGGAUCCGAAGGAUUACAAGGCCCUCCAGGACCGGAGGGACGUCAAGGGAAAAAAGGAGAUGCUGGGAUACCGGGACUGCCUGGUUCAAGUGGUCCUGAAGGAAAAUCGGGUGAAAGAGGUCCUCCAGGUCCAAAAGGUGAGGAAGGAAAGAGUGGACCACCUGGCCCACCCGGUAGCCGCGGAAUAAUCGGUCCUGAAGGACCCAAGGGUAACGCAGGACCUCCUGGUUUUCCUGGACCUCCCGGAGAACCUGGGUUAGCUGGCUUAAAAGGAGACCCCGGCAAAGAUGGCGAAGAUGGUAAACCUGGAGAUCCUGGGCCGCCAGGAGAAAUUGGUCCUCCAGGAAAGGAAGGACUUCCUGGCCCACCUGGAAAACAGGGAACAGAGGGUCCUGCAGGAUUGCAGGGCAGUCCUGGAAUGCCCGGAGAAAAGGGAGACACAGGUCUGCCAGGAGCUCCGGGACCGCAAGGUCGCAUAGGAGACCAAGGUUUGCCAGGACCAGCAGGUUUACCAGGUCUGAGAGGACUUCCAGGACUCGCAGGAGAAAAUGGCCCGCCUGGAAUGACAGGAGCUGUUGGCGUUCCUGGAAAAGCAGGACCCGUCGGACCCAAAGGUCAAAAAGGAGAUAGGGGUAAAAGGGGUAUCAAAGGACAUCGAGGCGAAUUAGGCCACAUAGGACUUAAAGGAGAACAAGGCGAAAAAGGAGAACAAGGACCACGAGGUGCUACAGGACCCGAAGGACCCAAGGGUAAUCAAGGACCCGUAGGCUUAACUGGGAUGAAAGGAAACGAGGGCCCUCCAGGUCUUCCAGGAAUGGAGGGACCAUCGGGACCUAAAGGUAAUGCUGGAAAUGAUGGGCCGAAAGGAGAAGCGGGUCUUCCUGGACCUCCAGGACCUCCUGGACCACCGGCGGAACAACCGAUGAUUCCUCCAGAAUUGUUGUUCACGAGGGAACAGAUUUUGAGAAAGAAACGAGAUGUGAAAACAAACGAGAAAGAGGAAGCUGAAAGUUCGGACAAAAAUGAAGAGGACGAAUUUGGACCUAAAUUUUUGGACAUGUACAGCUCGAUCUAUGCCAUGAGACAAGAACUGGAUCGAAUACGUAAACCGAUUGGGAGUAGAGAAAAUCCUGUAAGAACUUGUAAGGAUCUGUUUUAUGGGCAUCCACAUUUUACCGAUGGUUGGUAUUGGAUCGAUCCAAAUUUGGGAAUGGCCGACGAUGCUGUGUAUGUUUACUGCAAUAUGACGAACGCGGGUGAAACCUGCGUACAUCCUGAUAUCCACACGAGUCAGAUGCCGAAUAUACCAUGGAAAAAGGAAAAUAAUAAAACAGAUUGGUAUUCGAACCUGCGUGGCGGAUUUAAAAUUACAUACGAAACGAUCGGAGUGGUGCAAUUAAAUUUCCUGCGUCUAUUGAGUGAAGAAGCUUAUCAAAACUUCACGUACACCUGCAUGAACAGCAUUGGCUGGUACAAUACUUUGAAUUCCGACUAUAAUUUUUCUUUACGAUUGCUCGGUGCGAACGAGGACGAAUUUUCGCACACCGGUAUCCAGCCGCAAAUUACGGUGGACAACUGCAAAACACGUAAAAGUAAAGGAGAAACGGUGUUUUUGAUCGAAAGUAAAAAAUUACAACAAUUACCGUUGGUGGAUUUCUAUCCGGUCGAUUAUGGAUUACCACAACAGGCAUUUGGUUUUACGGUUGGACCAAUUUGUUUUAAAUAACAUUGAUUAUGAAAUUUCUAUUGGCAAGACUGAAACGCUGUAUCACCGUCUUCCGUCAUUUCUUCCAUUUUGUUUUGCAGAAGCAAAUACAGAUAAUUUAUUAAUCGAUUAAAUUUAUUUGUAUGUAUUUAAGAUACACAAUAGUGAUAACGUGAAAUUUUGUCAUGUACUUAUGUCAAACAUUGAUAUAUUCUUUUUUUAUUUUACACGAAGAAAUGAAGUGCCACUCGAAACUUAAUAGAAUGUAAGAAGUGCAAUGUAACGUAAAUAUUCCUAUUUAUACAAAACAUGAAUAUUAGUAUCAUAAUAAUUUCACUGCCAUUAGCAUACUAUACGGUACAAGCUGAUUUGUUCAUAUGUUUAUAAUUAAAGUGCAAUAAUAUACAUGAUUUCUAUUCAUUCGUAACCCUAUCUUAAUUUUUAAGCAGAUAUUAUUUUUAUCUUUGUAAGAUUAUGUUACAUAAUAGUGUCAUUUCGGAUUUGCUUUAUCUUCACCGUGCGUUGAGGUCAUGUAUUACAAGUAGAUAAUAGAAAGAAUUUUAUUUAGAAUUAAGAAUCAACGUUAUAACUCGUAACUUAAUGUAACUUUACAUUAUGUUCAGUUUAUUCUUUUAUAAUUAGUACAGUGUAAUGCAAGUUCCACUUAUAAAUCAUAGAAAGGGAACUCCUGACAUGUGGUUCCGUGGUGUAGCGGUUAUCACGUCUGCUUUACACGCAGAAGGUCGCCAGUUCGAUCCCGGCCGGAACCAUUUUUUUUUUCUUUCAGAAUUACUCUUUGCAAAGUUUUUAUUCCAAAGUAAUUUUAGUUAUUUUUAAUAAAUCGCUAUUUCUACUUUGACUUGUUAUUCUUUAGAGGAAUACAGAUAUUUUAAGCGAAGAUAAUUGAAGAUUGGAAUUGUGAAUAUCUUUUUAGAACGUAAGAACUUCAGAAUGACACUUUCGGUAUUCUUUCCACGUUUUUAAACGACAGAACCUCUUUCUAAUUUCAUAUCACUGUGACGCAUGUCAAGAGUUUAACAAUGCUUUCCACAUUUUUAAACGACAGAACGUCCUUCUAAUUUCAUAUCACUGUAACGCAAGUCAAGAGUCUAACAAUGUACUCCAAAUAUCUAAAAAACUUUAAAAUUAAAUAAAAUUUCUGUAACACUUCUCGACACCCUAAGCAGUAUUUUGUGGGUUGGUUAAUUGAGCACUGCUAAAGUUAUAUCAAGAUCCUAUACAUCACCUCGUUUCUCCGAAACAGAGUGAAUUAACUUGUCAGUCGAAGCUUACCACGAACAAAACUCCGGAGAGUUGUUGAGUAGGUGAGCCACAUCGAUUCGCAUCUUAGAAGGGCUGAAAGUGAGAAGUGAUUGAGAGCGGGAGGGAUCGAAGGAAUUUCGCGAGAAUGGCAGUAUAUGCGUGGGUGAACCAUGAGAAAAGGCAGAUGGCAUCUUGUCGUAGUGGUCGACGGUUCACACUUCCAGCUCGUUCCCUUCUGGUGACAAGAAAACCAAAGUGACGGUUCAGGGCUGCUUUUAUCAGGAGCAUCUUCGCAAUCGUUCCAUUUGCCACGCGAUACAAAUAGAGAUCAACGCUCUUUAAUACACUUUUUCAUUGGUAUAUUCAUAACAAACACGUCGGUAUUUAUAUGGUUAAAUACCUCAAUUAGCUUCUGUGUGUGAUUCACAUAAUGUAACAAUGGUUAUUUUUCAAUCUUAUAUUGAUAGAACUUGGACUCCAUAAGAUACACCUUGAUGCAAACUUUAUAUUAUACAUGUGAUACGUAGAGUACACAUAUGAUUUAUGGACAAAUUUUUACUUUUUCAUAUUUUAUAUUUUCAAAUUUCUG